UUUCUCUUCAUUGCUGGUUGUUCACGUCAGCCAGCUGAAAGCCAAAGAGCUUCUCUGUCUGCAUCCCACUGAUCAAGCUUUAAGACAGAACUUUCCCCUGAAAAACUGAGACUUUACUCCAAAGGAAGUAUUCACUUGAGUGUAAAGGCAACUCAUAAUUCAAAGGAAAGGUGUGACAGUGAAGAGCAACGGAGCAAGUGACUCAUUCACACCUUUAAGGUGACAGUCGGGUGGAGUUCAAGAUUUCCCACAGUCAGAACCAAGCUAAAGAGUUCAUUUGUAGCUAUGACUCAAAGCAACAACGAGAACCCGCAGAAGGCUGGGGGUCUCCACCAAAUCCGGGCGAGGAUCCAGUCCCGAUCACUGAUAGCUAAGAAGAGAGUGGAGAACAUCACAAAAGAUGAUGUGAAGGGAUUUUUUAUUAGAAAUGCCUUUGUGAUCCUCACCAUUGCUGCAGUUGUUAUUGGUAUAAUCCUGGGAUUUGCCCUGCGGCCAUAUAACAUGUCUUACCGGGACAUUAAAUUCUUCUCUUUUCCUGGAGAACUGCUGAUGAGAAUGCUUCAGAUGCUAGUGCUGCCCCUGCUGGUUUCCAGUCUCAUUACAGGUAUUGCUGCUCUGGACAGCCGUGCUUCUGGUAAAAUGGGUAUGAGAGCAGUGGUCUAUUACACCGUUACAACCGUCAUUGCUGUUUUCAUCGGUAUUGUCAUGGUGCUCAUUAUUCACCCUGGGAAAGGAUCAAAGGAUGAGUUCUCCAAGCAGCAGCAGAUAGAGCAGGUCAGCGCUGCUGAUGCCUUUCUGGAUCUUAUCAGGAACAUGUUUCCACCUAACCUUGUGGAGGCUUGCACCAAACAGUUCAAGACACAAUACGCCAAGAGAAUAGUCCAUGUGACGAUGACAGUAAACGACACAUUAUUUGCACCAAAUGGUAGCCAGGAAAUAACUCGGGAGGAGAUGAUCCCUGUGCCAGGAUCAGUAAAUGGAAUCAAUGCACUUGGGCUGGUGGUGUUCUCUAUAUGCUUUGGUCUCAUUAUCGGGAACAUGAGAGAACAGGGACAACCUCUAAAGGAUUUCUUUGACUGCCUCAAUGAGGCCAUCAUGAGGCUGGUUGCCAUAAUAAUGUGGUAUGCCCCUAUUGGUAUUUUGUUCCUGAUUGCUGGUAAGAUUGUGGAAAUGGAUGACAUUUCAGCCAUGGGUGGCCAGCUGGGCAUGUAUACAAUUACAGUCAUUUGUGGCCUGCUCGUCCAUGCCAUUUUUGUCCUGCCCACCCUCUACUUCGUCAUCACCAGGAAGAACCCCUUUGUGUUCAUUGGUGGGCUGUUGCAGGCACUCAUCACUGCUCUAGGAACAUCCUCCAGCUCUGCCACAUUGCCAAUCACUUUCAAAUGCCUGGAGGAGAACAACAAGGUGGACAAACGUGUAACCCGCUUUGUGCUCCCUGUCGGUGCCACCAUAAACAUGGACGGCACUGCUCUGUAUGAAGCCUUGGCAGCCAUCUUUAUCGCUCAGGUCAAUGAUUAUCAACUUAACUUUGGACAGAUUCUCACCAUCAGUAUCACAGCUACGGCAGCCAGUAUUGGAGCAGCUGGAAUCCCUCAAGCAGGACUGGUUACCAUGAUUAUAGUGCUAACAUCUGUAGGCCUUCCCACAGAUGACAUCUCACUGAUCAUUGCCGUUGACUGGUUCCUGGACCGGUUGCGCACCACCACUAAUGUACUUGGAGACUCCAUUGGUGCAGGCAUAGUGGAACACCUGUCUCGCCAUGAGUUGCAGACCAAAGACGCUGAGGUGGGCAACGCUGUAGUGGAGGAGGCAGACAAGAAGCCAUACCAGCUCAUUGGUCAGGAGAAUGAGUAUGAGAACGAGCACCCUGUCAACAGCGAGACCAAGAUGUAGGGGCAGGAUUGAAUUUACUGAGCUGCUUUGAACCACAUUUUCAACUCUCAAAGUCUUUUUGAAUUUUAAAGUUUUCAUCUCAUGAGAUUGUAUGAUUAAAAUGAUUUACAGCUAGAAUAUAUUUCAGCCAAGUGAGUUUCACUAAUGUGUGAGGCUUCCCUCACACUCCACAGACUUGAAGUGAUUAGUAGCUUUGUGCUAUUUCUAACAGUACUUUAUGCAAUGCCAUAGGGUGGCAGCUGUUUGCUAUUAAGAAUGAAAAACAGAGCCCAGUGGUCCGUGGUGUGCAUGUUAUCCAACUUGCCCCAGAACUGUGAUGACUAACCUUACCCACUAGAGGCCAGUAUUGCUGUAAAUCUUAAAGCCACAGUGAAGCAGCCCCGUACUUGCACACAUAUUUUCUGGCUUUAAUUUUUUUUUUUUUUUUUUUUAGUGGUUUCAUUUAUGAGAAAUGUAUGUGAAAUGGUAGUAAAAAUCUAUCUAGAGACUGACAUCAUAUGCACAUGGACUGAGUGGCCAACUUCUUUCAAAUUAUUUGGAGGAAAAAGGGCUAUUACAAACUUCUGUGCAGUCAUUUAUGGCUUUAUUUUUUUUAAUUAUCAUUGUACAGAUUUCAGCCAAAUGAAUGAUAUGAUCUACUAUAAGUCACACAUGGAUCCUCCCUUAUUUGUCCAAAGCAGUAUGUGCUGCCAAGCAAACAAAACUCUAAGAAUGCAUUUUUUUUUUUUACAAACCAACUCCUUAAACCAGUCACUACAAUCACAAAUAGUGACAUACCAAAACUACUCAGCUAUGCUUUUCCCCUUUAAAUCUGCUUUGCUGCAGAUUAGAACUUUAGUUCAUUAGAUUUUUACCAAAAAAAGACCAUUUUCCAAAUUUCUCAACAGUUUAACAGCAACCAACACAACACAGUGCUGUUUCAAUAGAAAGAUAUUAAUAAUAAAAAAUAAUUAGCAGAAGCAAAUCUGCUUGGUGUGAAAUAUUUGUUACAAGAAAUUAGUUAAAUAGUAGGUUUGAUGUAAAAUUGUCAUAUUUCACUAGAAAAUAUUACAAUUAUCUUUUCUGAAUUCAGCUUGCUUUAGAAAGUUAAAUUUAUACUUAUUUCCUUUGAUUUAAUAGAGAUCUAACAGCUUUUAUUUCAGUCUUUUAGUUUAGCUUUACAUUUGAACUAAUUCAAUAUAUAUGACAAAAACAAUACAUAGUAGUUUCUUUGUAUAAAAGAUUCAUCCGAAUAUAAUGUAAUUGUAUAGGCAAAUGUAGAUGUAAAUGUGUAAAUUAAUUGUAGGUUGAAAUGGCAAAAGGUUACUUGAGGAUUGUAAAUGUGAAGAUGCUGUAACCAUGCUCUUACCACACUAACAAUCCCUCUAGGUCCCCUUACAAUGCAAAAGGUGCCUGAUCAAAGGACCAAAUGUUUUCCUUUACACACCUGAGGAAAAUGAAUAGAUCAUUUGUUUACAGUUGCUGGUGUCUCUCUCAAUAUGAUUGUUUCUCUUUAUUCACAGGUACACACACACACACACACACAAACACAUACACACACAUGCACGCAGAAGACUUAAUGAUAGUUGUAGUUUUAUCUUGUA